GGAAGCAGGUGGUCCAGGCGAGGGGAAUAUUAGAGAGGAAAGGAGGAGUAAAUAUCCAAAUUUGGCGAAUAGGUACCCUGAAGCCACUAACAAAUUGAUACUAAUGUUGGAAAAAACCUUUUAUGGUGGAGAAAGAAUAGGAGUGCCAGCACUUAAAGAAUAUCAAGAAAGCAAAACGCUUAACGAACUAACAACAGGCCAACUUUCAUGA